AUGGACUGGGAAGAUGAAUAUUCCCAUAAUUCCUUUGACCUACAUUGUUUGUUAAAUUCAUUUCCUGGAGACUUGGAGUUUAAGCAGAUUUUCAGUGAUAUUGAUGAAAAGAUAGAACAAAAUGCUGCAAGCAUAGAACAUUGCAUUAAAGAAAUACAGUCCGAAGUUAACAAACAAUGUCCAGAUGUGCAGUUACAGACAACAACUGACUGUUUUGAGUGGUUAAAUAACUAUAAUUAUAAUUCAUCCAAGUCACCUUCUAUUCCCCAUGGAGAUUUGAUAAAGUUUCUCAAAACACUGCAAGAUUUGUUGAAGAAUGAACAAAAUCAAGAAGAAAUGAUAUUGGAUUUACUUUGGGACCUCUCCUGCCAGAGCAGCAUUUUAUUUCCAUCAACUCUAAGCGGGACAUCUUUUCACUUACUCUCUAGGACUUGUCUUCAUUCUGUUGAAGAUCAUUCCUCUAUGGAUGUAAAGUCUAUAUGGGAUGAUAUACGAUUACAUCUUCGACGCUUCUUAGUGGUCAAAUUACAAAGCCAUAAUGAAAUAAACAAUUUGCAGCAGAAAAUUCUGUUGAAAAAGCAGUGCAUACAACAACUCUUGUUUCUUUAUCCAGAAUCAGAAGUUAUAGUCAAGUAUCAAAAUAUACAGAAUAAACUUCUGCAGAACUGCUUUCCUGCUUAUAGCAGGGAAUCAAAUUUAGACGUAAUGGUUCAUGGAUACCAAAGUACAAUGCUUAGGUUAUACUCCAUGAUAAAAGAGGAUUUUAACACACUGCAUGAAAUUUUAGCUCCAUCCUCAACAGUGAAAUUCAUUAAAGAAACUUACCUGGAUACUGUUACAGAAGAAAUGUCAAAAUUUCUUGCAAAUUUUUGUGAGCUGCAGUCCAAAGAAAGUGCUGCCCGAGUGAUUAAAACAAGCAAGAGUUCCAGCAGGCAUAGAGGAGCAGUGCAUGCUUUGGUUACUUCUGAAUGCCCAGAGAAAGGACAAAAUUUUUUUAUUUCCUUAGAUGAACUUGAAUUCUUAUCACAGCUCAUAAAAUCCUUUUUGAAGCUGGAAAAAAAUGUUCAAGAAUUGUUUGAAGAAAUUUUUUUAUCACUCAAGAUACCAAGGAACAAUAAAUCAGGAAUUUUGGGCACAUCCAAUAGAGAGACUGUAAUAGAGAAACCUAGAGCAAAUGAAACCAAUAUUUCUUCAGAGCAAUUGCUACUAGGAAAAGAGACUACUCUACUCGAUUUUGGCUGGAGAAGUGCAUUUAAAGAAGUGUCUGUUCCCAUGGCAUACUGCAUAACAACAGCAAUCGAAGAUUUUUCCAUAAAAAUUCUCCAACAGGAGCACAAUGAGAGGUCUUCCACUGCAACCUUUGCUAUGAACCUUAUAAAUGUCCAACAAGUUUGGCAAGACAGCUGGGUGGUUCCUGAGGAGGACCAACCAAAGAAAAUUGCAAAGUUUUGUUCUGACAUCAUGGAAAAACUUGACACAAUGCUUCCACUGGCUCUGGCAUGCAGAGAUGAUUCUUUCCAGGAAAUUAGAGCACACUUUGUGGAGGCCUGUUGCAAAGUGGCAACAGCUGUCCUGGCAAGACUGCAAGAGAGAGGCCAGGAGUUUCCUUCCCAAGCUCCCCUGAAAACCUUGCACACUCUGCUCUCCACGGCGGUAUAUAUCUUCCAGCAUUUUACUCGAUAUGAUAAUUUGAUGAAAGAAAAUACUAACAAACCCCUAUUCCUGGUGCCUGUCCAGCGAUAUCAGGAAUUCAUCAACACUCUCCAGUUUCAGGUUACGGACUACUGCGUCAGAGUUUGUGCUACAAGCAUUUUACAGGAUGCUGAGAGCCACCACUGGGAUGACUACAAAGCUUUUUAUGAGGGGGAAAGAUGCUCCUUCUCACUCCAGAUGUGGCAUUAUUUCUUCUGGGCUCUUCAUCAUGAUCUCUGGACCAUUCUACCCCCCAAGCUAGCCCAGGAGAUUCUCACAGAAGUUCUGGAGAAAUCUUUGGGUCUCCUGGCCUCCAGAUAUGCUCAGGCCAGUCCCAGUUACAAGAGAACUCCACAGAUAAGACUUGAUGUCACAACAAUUUUAAUAUGCACUGAGAACAUGUUAUGGUCAGUUUGCACAUCUGUACAGAAACUUUUGAAUCCUCAUGAAUAUAUAGAUGAUAAAAUUUUUAAAAUUUAUACCCAUUGUAAUAACCUGUUGACAACAUUAGUCAUUUUGACUUCACCAUUAACUGACUUAUAUCAGGCCUUUCAGCAUGACAUAGAUGAUUCUGCUUCACAUUCCUUAAAGCCACUUUUUAAGCAACCAUUACAUUGGCUUUCUUGCAUAUCGCAUUUCCACCCUUCCUUACUCAGGACUCCAUCAGCUGGGCAACUGACAACUGAGGGUCAAUUGAAACUGCUGUUAGCCCAGCCAGGUUGUAAUUGGAACCUGCUUCUGGAAACUCUACUGCAUCAGGAUGGGUUUUUGCUGAAAAUCUUGCUGAAGAGCUCAAAACACACCUUUCAAGAACAAGGUCCUGAUACAGAAAAUACUAUGAACCAAGUAUCCAGCUUGGUGGAAGCCAUCUUUAAAAUACUAUACUAUUGCAGUUUUUCUCCACAAACAUUUGGGAAUGUUUUUGUGAGCUACAUGGAAGAAGAACAAUUAUGGGACUUUUUAUAUAACAUUCCAGUCUCAAGGAGCAUGGAGUCUGAGCAAGAGGUCAUUCGAUGCUUGAGAUUGGCACUGACUGACGCUGUCAAGGACAUUGUACAGCAGAUCGUAUCUGUGAUGAGCUCUGGGAGAAACUGCAAGACAAACUUAAGCAAGCAUGGCGUUCCUGAACGUCUGCGUGAGAGUAUUCCAAGAGAAUGGAACUAUAUUCCAAAAGAAACAAAAAGGAAAGAAUCAAGCAAAGGCUUCACAAGGCUUGCUGCUCAGGCAGUAUCUAUUGUAAUCAGCAAGUUACCUACGGUGAUUGCAUGUUUGCCUCCCCCAAUUAAAUACUUCUUUUUUCUGUCUGAGAGAAAAAUGUCAGAAAACUUUGUUGACUUGAAGAAAGCUAGCCUGCUUGUCUGGAACUUGAUUGUAAUUAUAUGUCGGAUAUUUGAGGAUGGAAACACUGUGGAACUUUUAACAGGUGCUUCCCUUGACAGAUGGAGUAAAGAGAAACUCAGUUUAAUCUGUAUGUGUUUGAAAGGCAUCAUGGGAGAGCAGACAAGUAGCCCUAAUCAAAUGACCCAAAAGGUCAUACAGAGCAUUGAGCAGCAAAAACCCAACUGGAUUAAAGGCCAAUUGCUGAAAGCCAGGAAAUUGAGCACCAAAUGUGCCUUUACGACAAUGGAGAAAAGCACAGCCUUAGAAGAAAGAGAUAUUGCUCUUGAACUGACUGAGCAGAAAAUAAACAUGAUGGUCCUGGAUAUCUGCCACAAACCAGGUGGCAGCGAGUACCUGAGGCAAAUUUAUCACAUCAUGCGGCUCAAUGAGGAGUAUUUAAAAGAACAGCUGUUUUCUAUGAAUGGUUCAGAGGAAAAGCCAUUACCCAUCCGACCUUUAAAAACAACCUUGAGGAGUGUGGAAGAUCAGCCUUCUGCGUUUAACCCUUUCCAUGUGUGUAAGGCGUUUAGUGAAAACAUGCUAGAUCAGUCAGCGAUCACAAAAUGGAACUGGAAUUGGUCAAACUUGCUGCCAAAUUAUCUGGGACUGGAUAAGAUGACCUUCAGAGUACUGCUCAGAAACAGGUGGGAGAUGAGAAAGGAUGAAAAACUAGAAGAGGAAGAAAAAGCAAUGUUGGAAUAUUUAAAACGAAUUUGCAACAUCCAAAACUCUUCUGCCUCAGAUACCAAGGAGGAAGAGUAA